AUGCAACACGGGGUAUCAACCCAACCGAAAGUUGUCUACUUUUACCCCGAUGGAAGCAGUUACGGAGAGGGCGUGAGGGUGGUAAUUCAUCCAAACCGAUUCCGCACCUGGGAUUCUCUGUUAGAAUUUCUAACGGCCAAAUUCCCAACUUUGCCCUAUGGCGUUAGAAGCAUCUUUUCUCCAUGCGGAAGGACACAAAUUCACGAAAUCGCUGAACUUAAUGAUGAAGGCCAUUACAUAGCCUCGGAUAAAAGGCGUCAAGCAAAAGGCAUUCAACUGGAAGAUCGGUCUGUUCUACUUCCCGGUUGGAAGGCGGGUCGAGUUCCGAGUGGACAGAAGCUUUUGAAUUAUUGCCUCAAGUCACAACAGUCUAAGACUGCUUCUGCUGAUCAUCAGACAAAAAAGCAGUCUACCAGAGUGAUAUACAUACAUCAGAAUGGCAAUGCAUUCCAUCGUCAUCGCAUCUUGAUUGAAGGAAGGGCUGGAAACUCUCUACAAAACCUUUUGCAAGAACUGAGUUUCACACUCUGUGAGCCAGUUUACAAGAUUUACACCCUGGAUGGGAAAGAGAUUCACUCAAUUGAGGAGAUCUUUGUCGGUCCGGAGGAGUACGUGGCUGUUGGUUUGGAAAAGUUUCGACCGCUUUCAAAGAUCUCUGUGGACCUCUCAUCAAAGCAACAUCGUCCAAUUGAGAGAGUCUGCAUCCAGCCCGCUCCAGAGACGUCACCACCUCGUUCAGCACACUCAGGACCCGUGAAGUCGAGAGACACUUCCACAAAAGGUUCCAAAAACCGAACCCUUGCUCAGAGUCAAGAAUUGAAGAUUGAAACCAAAAAGUCAAACGGUCUGCAAUCCAGUCAAUCCAUGUUUCAGCUGUCCUCUGGCCGAUCAAAAAGUCAUGUUUUCGGUAUCCAAUUCCGUUAA